AUGCCUCUAUCAGAAAUCCACACGUACCGCGCGCUACCUAAAUCGUACUAUCUCCGUUUCGUCACGCUGAUAAUGAUGAAAGGCCAAAUGUACCAAAUGGCAAAUUUCUUUUUAGUACGAAAACUCUGCGUCUACGGGUGUCAACCUCAGCAGCACUGGCCGUACGUGUACGCGGGGCGCGAACGGCGACGGUACGUAAUAAGACGACGGCGGACGGAGCUCUGCGCGACGACGACGACUUCGGUGACCGGUGUCGUAGAUCUUAUUGAUUAA